UCGCCUGGCUGACGUGCACUAGGUCCUCUCGUGGAGAUACCCCUUGACCGAGCACAGAAGACAUUCGACACCAACCUCUUUUCCGUCCUGCGCCUCUCGCAAGCCGUCUUUCCGCACAUGAAAUCCAAGCGCAGCGGGACGAUAGUCAACAUCGGCUCUAUCACUGGCGACACACCAUCGCCCUGGGGCGGGAUCUACGGCGCGACGAAGGCCGCGCUCGUCCGCCUCUCCGAGAUCCUCUACAUGGAAGUCGCGCCCUUCAACAUCCACGUCGUGCACAUCUCCCCGGGCGGCGUCAAGAGCAACGUCGGCGUCAACGCUCUCAGCUCGCUCGUCCUCCGCGAGGACAGCGCCUACAAGCCCUUCUUCGACUCGAUGGUCACGCGCAUCGGACGAGCACAGGGCCCGUCGUCGCUCCCCGCUGACCAGUUCGCGAAGCAGGUAGUGUCGGCGGUCGUGAAGCCGAACCCGCCCAGAUACAUGACCCUCGGCAGGGGCGCCUGGGCGAGCGCGCUCAUGCAGUGGCUCCCGCGGUCGGUCGUGUGCUGGCUGAUGUGGAGGAUUGUGGUGGGCAAGUCGAAGACAGCGUGACUGUAGCAGCAUGCUUAUUAUUUAUCACUUUCAUUAUACAUUGUUCAUUGUUCACUCGGGAUUGUAGGCCUUCGGUGUCGUCUUCAUACGCCAUACGGGCUUGUGCUUUACCAAGACUGGUGCAUGGCUCGUGGAUCCUGCUCGCCGGGAGAUCAGCGUACGUGGUAUCAAGCUUCCGCGCAGACGCUCGCCGGCUUCAUCUGCACUGCAAAUCGUCAAGCCUCUGUCCUUAACUCU